CAGUCGCCUCCUUCUCCGCCUGCCUGGGUGGCCGCCAUGGGCCGGAAGCGGCUCAUCACUGACUCCUACCCUGUUGUGAAGAGGAAGGAGGGGCCCGCUGGGCACAGCAAGGGGGAGCUGGCACCAGAACUAGGGGAGGAGUCCCAGUCCCCCAGCGAGGAGGCAGCGGAGCUGGAGCUACUGAGGCAGUUUGACUUGGCCUGGCAGUAUGGGCCCUGCACAGGGAUCACACGGCUGCAGCGCUGGCUUCGGGCAGAGCAGAUGGGCUUGGAGCCUCCCCCAGCAGUGCGUGAGGUGCUGAAGACCCACCCAGGAGACCCCCGCUUCCAGUGCAGCCUCUGGCAUCUCUAUCCCCUUUGAGGUACUAUCUAGGCCCUCCUGUCCUUGGCACUCCUGCUAGCUGAGAACUUCAGAAGAGAAGUAACAAUCAGUUGCUGCUGCUGAGCCCAGCCCUGCUGUAGAAGAACAUUUGUCAGGCCAAGCAAGUCUGGAGGUCUCCAUGGCUCAGCACCUCUAACCAAUAGGUGCCUAUAGCCCCCUGUGAGAACCUACACAGCUGAAGCAGAGCACCUCCUAGAUGUAAAGUGGCCUCUGGGGACAAGGACCUGGCCAUGGCCUUACAAUGCCUGCCGUACUCUUCCUAAACUAAGGCAUUGCACAGUCUUGUGCACAGCCAGGUACAGGUGGAUGAAGCAGGAGGUGAAGAUGGACUCCCAUUGCAGGCUGGAAGCUCAGAGCAGGAACUGGUUGAGCUCACAGGGCAAGGGGUUCACCAAUGCUUAUAAUAAAGAAUAAUGAGUCUGAAUUCUAA